UCUCAAAAAAAAAAAAAAAAUAUAUAUAUAUAUAUAUAUAUAGCACUUAUGGUGUGAGCCCUUGCAAAGGUUGCUUGCCCUAGGCUUGUCCUUCUCUCUACCCCUGAGUCCCUGUGUUUGGACUCCUCUCUACACAGCAACAGGUUGGGGGAUUCUCUUAAACCCACCAGCAACUGUUCAACCUGGCACGUGGGCAGGAAACCUCGAGAUUAAAAUCUGAUAACCUGGAAGGGAUUGUCAGAUCCAACCCCAUCAUUUCAGAUGAGAAAGCUGAAGACCAGCGAGAGGAAGAAAAUUCUCCUGUUAAAGCACACUGGAUGAAGACGUGCUCCACUCCCAACCUCCAGAAAAAAAUCACUGAUAGAGUGGCCUCCACUGUUCACCAGUUUUGCCUUUGUAUAUGAUAUUUUCUUUUCUGAGAGGGUUGAGAAUCCCCAUGCAGUGCUCUUUUUGGCAAGGGCAUCAUACUUUGCAGAUUUUACCUUUAUUAUCGUGGAAAACUUGACAGUCACGGGGAGCUGUUCCUCUUCUUUUGGACUUGGAAACAAAAGAACCUCACUGGGGAGGAGUUCUAGAGGAGAGGAGUCUAAGUGGGGGUGAAGGGAGCGAAACUCUGGGCUCCCAGGGGAAGAAGAGUGGGCCUUCAGUUGCCUUUAAGAGGCCUCUUGCCCCUCCCCUGCCUCAUAAGGACUCUGAAACAUUUAAACCCCAGAGGCUGACUCAGUAAGAGUCAUUUGCAUAAUAUUUUAGGGUGAUUUAGCCAUGCGCAGCUACAUGUGGCUGAUUUAGCUAUGCUGGGCUUGGUGGUAAUAAGAAUAGCCCUGGUUCUGACAGACACAUCCUAUAUGUCUCUGUCCAAUGACCCCAACCCUUGCUUGGGCACUUAAACUGCUUGUCAAACUUGGACCAAUCACCUUACUGUGUGCCAGUGUCAUGCUAAGCAUCAGGAAUUUGAAGAUGAAUCCAACCUGUGGCCCCUUGAAAAGUCAGGUCUGAGACUUGGAAGUAGGUGUCUGUUUGGUGGGGAUCACCCAGAGAUCAGCCCAUGGGUGUCCCUGAUUUGGACAAAGAACCCCCCCCAACUGGAGCCAUCUUGGUGUGCCUGCCUGCAUGACCUAUUUUUAAAGCUGCAAACAGCUAGCAUUACCUGUUCUCAACAUCUGGCAUUACCUACCUGCUUAGUCACCUUCCCUCAGGCUUCAAACAGCUGUAGGGCCCCACCUCCUAUCCAUCUAGGGUCCCUCCCUUCCAUUUUUCUUCCUGAAAGGAUCUGGAGACACCAGCUCUACAAGUCCUGGUGUCUUUAAAAGGAUCAGCUUGAGGAAUAAGGCUCAUUUGAGAGCUGUGACAUUCAUCUGACUCUAGUGAAAGUACAACAGCCACUCCCUUUUUGGCCUCCAGCUGGGCACCAUGAGGGCCUGCAUCCCCCUGGUAUUGGCCGUGCUGUGCAGCCUGGCCUGGGCUGGUAAGUCACUAUCUGGCGGGCAUGGGAUUGCUGGCAGGGCGGGAUCUUGCCUAAAGAAGCAGAGAAUUGGGGAACUGGUAGAGGGCAGGGCUAUGGGACAAGGGAGGGUAAGCUCUGUUCUAAACCCACAGAACUCUUUUGGGUUGUCCUUGUCUGAGGGUGCAGGUGUUGUUCCUGGAAUGGACUGGACUAUGUGGAGAGAGUUGUAGGGCUGAUGGUCUGAUUUCAUGGAAGUCCCUUCUUGACACCUUGGAGGAUCAGCCCCAAACAUCCCUUAGUCCAGCCUGACUUUUGAUCUCCCCAAGAUUUUGUUGUCUGGGGCCACUGUAUGGUAUAAAGCUAGGGAUGGGUUCCAUGGGGUCUAGUGGCCUGGCUGCCCUUGGUCACUCCUUCCACUGCCCGGUGGCAGGUGAGGUUGUCUAGGGUGUGAUCUUACUUUGUGUAGUGCCUUAGGAGGUGGGCAGGCUUAGGAGGAAACUGGAAGGAUCCUUAACCAGGAGGAGGGCCACGUCCUAUCUGGGGCUGUACAGGGGUCAGAGGAAUGGAUCUCUGUUGCAGUGUUAGGGGAAUUAAAGAAUAGAGAAGGGACCUGGCCCACAGUUAUAAGAGGUUCAGGGGAUGGGACUGGCAGAGGAACAGGACCAUGUUCUUGUUUAGUAACUGUGCAAAAUGCUGGUGCUGAUGUGUUAAUUGGUAGCUAGUGGGUGGGUGGGAAGGACUGCCAAGGGAGGGGCUGAGCUGAAGAGUGUAGGGAGAAUCCUCCUCUGCCCACAGGAGAAAGAAUCUUUCCACUGGGUUACUCCUGUAUGGGACUGUGGAAAGGAUUAAAUGAGAUAAUGUAUGAGAAGCACCUGGUGCAAAGUGAGAUCUCAGUGAAUUGGAAAUUCGCUAUGAUUAUGACUAUAAAUAUUCUUGGGACAAAUUCCACUUGGGGUCAUUUCCAAUGGGGUUGUGGAAAGGAGACCCCUAAUGGGAUUUUUAAAUGGAAAACCCUUGGAAGAAGAAGUUGUGCCUCUCAACUGUGGAUGAGAUAGUGUGCCUUACCAGGAACCAGCUCUGCCUGGGCCCUACUGGUGGAGAGGGAGUGGGAGAGCAUGAGGGUGGGCCUGGGAGCCACCGGCCUCAGCCCUGUUGGUGGGAAGGAAGGUGGAACCUGGGGGUGCUUAAUGUGGAGGGGUGGCCAGCAGUCUUGGCAUAUCCCAGCCUUAGGAAAGGAGAGCAACUCUGGACAUUUGGUCCCUGGGAGGACAUCCCUGAGGGCAGAGGUAGCAGUAGCUUUAGAAGUGCAGGUGGAGCUCUUGCUGCUGGGUCAGAGGGCAGUAUCUGCUUCGUCUGUGGGAUGGAUGGGAAGUGAGGUCAAGUGUGUGAGGCCUCCUAUGGUGGCAGAGAAGAGGCUCUGCACUUGUUGAUACUAUCCCAACAUCUCAGAACUGAGAGGCAAGAAUAUGAAUCACACAGGGAAUCAUUGACAGCCUCAGGUCCUCCUUUAUGAGCUGGAUGUCUGUGGAGAACCUUGGUUGAUUUUUUUGGUUGUGAAUGGAGGCAGGAAGCUAGUCCAAGGGGUGAGGCUUCUUGGUUGACUAGGUCUCCAUGGAAACAGCAUCUGGGGCCUUCUGAGAGGUACAGACAUGUAGAAUGUCCCAGUCAUCAGAGGGGCUGAGCGCCAGUGUACAGGGACACUGUGUCCACCCAGGCUUGGGACCAAGCUUUCUUGAUGGCCUAUGGAUAGGGAGUGGCUGUUCUGGCAUAUUAAAGUCUUAGAAAGUACAGAGAAAUUGAGCAUUUCAUAGGGAAUGGAGGAAGAAUCUGAACCCAAGAGAGGAAAGACUCAAAUGAAGAAAGGCAGAGAGUCAGAGAGGUGAGGCAGAGAAACAAGAGGCACAGGUUACUAGAGCAGUGAUUCAGGCACCUGGCUUGGGGAGCAAGGCUUACUCAAGAGUAUUGGUGUCAAUGGCACAGUGUGGGGGUGCUGGAGUGAUAGGGUGACUAGUUACUCAUCAGAGUGUCCCCAGAACGUCACGGCAAAGUGCCUGUGAGGAAAAGUUCCUCCCACCCCUGCCCUCCACUGUCAAAUCCCAAGGUCACCUUGGAGCAGACCAAGUGCACAGAGAAAUGUGAGAAAGUGCUGGCAUGGGGCUCUUGCUGGAGACAAAGUUUUUGAGCAGAGAUGAAAAAGCCCACUCAGCUUGGGCCGGCGGGGGUGCUCUCCUGCACGUCCAGCUGACUGCUCGCUUGCAACCCUUCUCAACUGGUGCCAGCUGCUGGAAUGAAGUGAAUUCUUUCCCUGGACUCUGCUGAUUUGGCCCAUUAAAAACAUUGCCCUGAUUUGCCUGAAUUCUCUCCCUUUGGAUUCUGGGUGUACUGCCAGGCUGACUGAGUAGGGAGCUGAUGGGCUGAAAAUUUCUCCUUAAGAUCUUUGCAUUCAGGCUCCAAGGGAGCAUCAUUUAACAUUCAAGAGGAGUUCCUGUGGGCCUGAAGGAACAAGUGGCCUUGGGCCUGGUCUCUUUUAGGAACUGGAAACCUGCCUUCCUGGCCACCUUGGAGGCCUGACAAUGCGAAGUUGUCUGAAGACCUGGGUUAACCUUGACCCGAUGCCUCUCUGAUAUAAAGAAUACAGACCUGUAGUGAUGAAGUCAGCCGGGAAACCAGCAACACAGAUGUGCUGACAACCCAGCCCAAGGGAUGGCCCUGUUGAAACCCUGGGAGAGUGUCAGCUAGAUUAAGUGUGUCAAUAGGGCCACCACACAGGGAAGACUUCUCUACCCAGUCUGAACACUUGUCACUUGGAAGAUGGGCAUGAAAUAUUGCCACCAUUUAUUCACCUGACAAAUACUUCUAUAGUACUACUAUGUGUCACUUGCUGUCCUAAGUGCUUUACACAUAUUAACUCAUUUAAUUCUUAUAAAUAUUCUAUGAGAUAGGCUCCAUUAUCAUCCCACUCUUACAGAUAAGAAAACCAAGGCACAGAAGUUUAAAUAACUUGCCCAAGAUCACAUAGCUAGAAAGCAGUGGAACCAGAAUUCCAGCCUCAAGCAGUUUGGCGCCAGAGUCUAGGUUCUUAACCUCUCUGCUAUGCCGUCCCUCAUUAGACACAGUAUCAACCCUAAUCCCAGAAUCCAAUACUAGGGACUGGUAACUAAACCCAACCUCUAAUAUUUGAGCUCUAACCACUCCAGGCUUAAAUUAAAAUACUAUACCUGUGUUGAAUCAUAACCAGAACCAAGCCCCCAAACAAAACAGGGAUUAUUCAUCUUUUCUCAUCCUGACACAUUCCUCAACCCCGAAUGUCAUCUUAAGUCUAUUCCUGUUCCUUACCCAAAUAUCAAUACAAAAUUGUUAAUUUAUCAACUAAUUUAACUCAAGCCCAAAUCCUAACUGUAGUUCUUAACCUAACUAACCCCAACACUCGUCCAAAUUAGGUUUCAGUUUCCUCACUGAUACAAAUUCUGAUGCCGAUGGUAACUCUGACUCUGAUCUUGACAUUCUCGGUAACCCACAGUAUGACCUCUGAAGCCAGCGUUCGUGAAAUCCAAACCUCAGGAACCUCAAAUCGAACAAAGACUCUUAUCACCCUUAAAGCCCAGAGUGGAUAGUGGGUUUCCACUGUUCCUUCAAAAUGUCUUGUCUUACGUCCCUUGCGACCAAAACCUUGCUUCUGCAAACCAUUUGGCUGCAGUGGGGGAUGUGGUCUGUGGUUACACAAUAGAAUGCUAGGCCAGAGCCCAAUUCUCACCCGUACCCACCUCAUUCCCCACCCUGAGCAUAAAUUAAUCUGAAUGUACUCCAAAGAUGGGAAAGAACAGAAAGAUGUGACACAGGGGGAAAGAGGGUACAGAGAAGACAGAUGAAGGGGAGAGAAGAGCAAAGAAGCAAAGAACAUAACAGGGAUGGGAUAAGAGCCCAGGGAAGGUCAGAGGGCAGGGGACAUCCCUGGGACAGCAUCUACAUGAUAGGUGAAGGGGGCCUGUGGGCCACACCCAGUUCACAGACCUAUUUCUUUGGUGUGCUUAAAGUUUUACAUGGUUGGAAAAUUUCACAUCAAAAUGAAGAUUUAUCUUGAAAAAAAAAAUGGGAGCUCUGGCAACACUGAGCCCACAUCCCAACAUGGCAACAAUCGGCUGGAGCUGAGCAUCAGCUGCGAAUUUCAGAUGGAGCAUUGCUCUCAAGCUUGUCACGGUCUCCAUUUCUUCCUACUGCCUCAGACCCUGCUUCUUUACUUGUUUAUGUUCUGGGCCUAACCCAAAUGCCUAUUUGGGUUUGUAAUCCUGGUCUCUUUGAUGAGCCUUGAAAUAUUUGGUGGGUGUUGGGCGGUGGGGAGGAGGCUUAUGUUGUGCACGGGAGGCUGUGGAUGUACUUCUCCCUUGCAGAGAGUAAUGCCCUUCCCUGCCAGGUACACUCCUGUCCUGAUCUGUGAACCCUCCUGUAGGAGGCACCUUGGGGAGGAGAACAGGGUCUCCAUAGAGCUGAGUUUGUGACCUUUACUGACUAUAGGAAAAAUGGAAUCCUGUGCAUCUCGAUGUAAUGAGAAAUUUAACCGGGACGCUGCCUGCCAGUGUGACCGCCGGUGUCUCCGGCAUGGGAACUGCUGCGAAGACUACGAACAUCUGUGUACUGAGGACCACAAAGAGUCAGAGCCAUUGCCACAGCCGGAGGAAGAGACAGAAGAGGCCCUUGCCAGCAACUUGUACUCGGCACCCACCUCCUGCCAGGGCCGCUGCUACGAAGCCUUCGACAAGCACCACCAAUGUCACUGCAAUGCCCGCUGCCAAGAGUUUGGGAACUGCUGCAAGGAUUUUGAGAGCCUGUGUAGUGACCACGAGGGCUUCUCCCACAGCAGUGAUGCCAUAACCAAAGAGGAGAUUCAGAGCAUCUCUGAGAAGAUCUACAGGGCAGACACCAACAAAGCCCAGAAGGAAGAUAUCAUUCUCAAUAGCCAAAACUGCAUCUCCCCGUCAGAGACCAGAGACCAAAGGGAUCGCUGCCCAAAGCCACUCUUCACUUAUGUCAAUGAGAAGCUGUUCUCCAAGCCCACCUAUGCAGCCUUCAUCAACCUCCUCAACAACUACCAGCGGGCGACAGGUCAUGGGGAGCACUUCAGUGCCCAGGAGCUGGCCGAACAGGACGCCUUCCUCAGAGAGAUCAUGAAGACGGCAGUCAUGAAGGAGCUCUACAGCUUCCUCCAUCACCAGAAUCGCUAUGGCUCAGAACAAGAGUUCAUCAAUGACUUGAAGAACAUGUGGUUUGGGCUCUAUUCAAGAGGCAAUGAAGAGGGGGACUCGAGUGGCUUUGAACAUGUCUUCUCAGGUGAGGUCAAAAAAGGCAAGGUCACUGGCUUCCAUAACUGGAUCCGCUUCUACCUGGAGGAGAAGGAGGGUCUGGUUGACUAUUACAGUCACAUCUACGAUGGGCCUUGGGAUUCUUACCCCGACGUACUGGCAAUGCAGUUCAACUGGGACGGCUACUAUAAGGAAGUGGGCUCCGCUUUCAUCGGCAGCAGCCCUGAGUUUGAGUUUGCACUCUACUCCCUGUGCUUCAUCGCCAGGCCAGGCAAAGUGUGCCAGUUAAGCCUGGGAGGAUAUCCCUUAGCCGUCCGGACAUAUACCUGGGACAAGUCCACCUACGGGAAUGGCAAGAAGCACAUCGCCACAGCCUACAUAGUGUCUUCCGCCUAAUAGAACUUUGAGCCAGAAAGGGGUAUGAGGGCUCUUGCAAGACUGAAGUGCUAUCUUCUCCGGACUAGAGAGAAGAGGGAGACGACUGGGAGGGAUCACCAAAUCUCAAAGCAAUGAGAAGCAUUCCUAAAUCCCAAAGUGCCCACAUGGGAAAGAGAUAAAAUGUACAAAUUAGAAAAAUUGGAUAAACAGUCAAACCUUUAUCCUCUAGAAUUUUGGCAAUGUAGACUAAGAAACAGAGUCCAGGCAGAGAAGGUAGGAGCCCUCCAUAGCUCUCUGCCCUGAUGUGUGGGGGAACUAGGAAGAAGUCCUUUGACCUCCCCAGGCCUCAUGCUUCCCUUUAAUGUAAAGGGAAGGGGUUUCCCCACUUUCCUCUUUUCGGGGUUGGUGAAAGGGCAAACCCUGAUAUUUUUACUGUGAUAGUGUUUUCAAUUGUUCUUAGGAAGAACAGCUGAUAGAAAUUCAAGAUUACUAUAAUGGCUGUUAUUAUACACAGCUCUGUAAACUACAACUCAGCCCUGUGUUGCAAUCCUCAAAGAAGUAAGGCCACAGUAAUCAAGCAAGGGCCUUUGGUUUUUUCCAGCGUUAGAUCCUCUCAGAACAGAGUCGGGGAGAACUCCAAUGCUGAAUGGAGAAGGGUAAUAGGUUGGUGCAGUGAAUGGGCUGAGGGUGGGGUGGCCUUCUCCAGGCCUGAGUGUUUUUGUGUCCAGCUCAGUAUCUGCAUCAAGAUGUUUCCCACUUGUGGAUAUUUAGUGCAGCCACAGACUUGUAUUUUGAUCCCCAAUGUUUUUUUUGAAAGAGUUCUCCUCAUAGGAGGAAGAUUCAGCAUCAGAAAAAGAAGGAACCCACAGCUUGGUGUCAUUAACAUAAUUAUUUUAAGGCUUAUCCAGCAGGCAUAAUUUGAGUAACUCUAGGAGACCAGAGAGACUGUGGUUCCCUAUUUUAACCUCAAUUAUGCAUUUGUCCCCCAACCCCACUGAGAACUAAAUGCUGUACCACAGAGCCGGGUGUGAACUACAGUUUAGAAGGUUCAAGUUUCCAAUUAAAGUCAUGGAAGAAAACUUGAAA